GGCUUUCGGCGUGACCGCUUCUCCUUCACACACUGAACUGCGCAAUGUUUAACAGAUAAAAAACACUACACUACCUAAAGGCGCAGUUAAAAGAGAGCAAUGCAGGCUGUUUUGAUUCUUGUCUAUCUACCCUUAUCAUCUGCCGUUACCCAUUCCCUGCAGUACCUCUACACGGCCACAUCAGGAAUCACAAGCUUCCCAGAGUUUGUAGAAGUUGGAAUGGUUGAUGGUCUGGUCAUCAGUCAGUAUGACAGCAACACACGAAAUGUGGUUCCCAGGCAGGCAUGGAUGAAGGAGCAUCUGGAUCAGGAGUACUGGGACUCAGAGACCGAGUUGGCCAGGAUGGCUGAGAGGGCCCUCAAGGAGGACAUUGUGAUUUUAAAGAAACGCUUUAAUCACACUGAGGGAGUGCAUGUUCUCCAGAGACGGUAUGGCUGUGAGUGGGAUGAUGAGAGGGACGUCACCAGUGGCUAUGAGCAGUAUGCUUAUGAUAGAGAGGAGUUCAUCUGGCUGGAUCUGAACAACAUGAGCUGGAUGGCUGUAAAACUACAAGCAGUCUCAAGCAAAAACCAAUGGAACAUGUUAGAGUCCAGGUUUAAUUGCAGGAAACGGUACUUCAACAAGGAUUGUCUUAUUUGGCUGAAGAAGUAUGUUCAGUACGGGAACAGUACUCUCAGAAGGAAAGGUACGUCAUCUUCUACAGUGGUGUGCCACGCCACAGGGUUCUAUCCAGCUACGGUGAAUAUCACCUGGAGGAGAGAUGGAGUAGAGAUACAGGAGGAUGUGGAUGUGGGAGAGACACUGCCCAAUGGGGAUGGAACCUUCCAGAAGAGAGCUGAGCUCACUGUGUCACCUGAGGAGAGAAAGAGAAGUCAGUACACCUGUGAGGUGGAACACAUGAGUGGAGAACCAACACUCGUCACCCUGACUGAGGAAGAGGGAAACAAUCUUGUAGCCAUUAUAACUGGAUGUGUGAUUGGAGCUCUUCUUCUUACUUGUUCUAUUAUUUGUUUGGUUAUGAUGAACAAGAGAGGCUACAAGAAGGCAGAACAGUCUGACACACAUUUUGUUGCCUCCACCGGAACGACACAGUCAUUGGCAGACGACCCCUAGUCACCCCCAACGGGCAGGGGUCUUGAACUGCAAUU